GUUCUCUACAUAUUAAAAUUUUGAAUCCGUACGGAUAUUUAAUCAAAUUUCGACAGAUUCGAUACAAUUUUUAUCAGAUUCGGUUCAGUCCUUCGAAUUCUAAUUUCUUUUUACAGACCCUAGUUUUUAGUAUUAUGCCCCCAGACUAAAAAUGUUUCUGGAUCCGCCACUGAUUAUAGAACCAAUUUUGUCCGUAGCCAGCCAGCCAGCCAACAAGGGAAACCGCCAUCCUCAACCAAAAUCGCCCCUAACCUUUCUGAUGCAACAGAACGCGCCUCGUUAAGACAACUGACGCGAUCUCUCUCUACACAAGGCAUUUGAGGAGCAAUAAUAACAGAACCACACCACACGUUAAAGGCUAUGGCGGCUAUUUCUGGUGCAUUUGUUGUUAGCCAGCCGUCGUUAUCAUCGAGACAACACCAUUCUCCGACCAUGUUAGGCAUUCGUGCUUUUCCGAUGAGCAACAAGACAACUGGAGGUCUGAUCCGUUGCGAGGUUUCUUCAUCAACGGUCUCGGCUCUUCAGCAGCUUAAGAAGUCCUCCAUUGACAGAUACACAAAGGAGAGAAGCAGCAUUGUUGUGAUUGGUCUUAGCGUCCACACUGCUCCUUUAGAGAUGCGUGAGAAGCUUUCCAUUCCUGUUGCUGAAUGGCCUCUUGCUAUCUCUGAGUUGUGCGCUUUGAACCAUAUCGAAGAAGCUGCUGUUCUCUCUACCUGUAACCGUAUGGAGAUUUAUGUCUUGGCCCUCUCUCACCACCGUGGUGUCAGAGAAGUCACCCAAUGGAUGUCCAAGAGAAGUGGAAUCCCAGUUUCUGACAUCUGUCACCACUGGUUUCUUCUGUACAACAAUGACGCCACGCAACAUCUGUUUGAAGUCUCAGCUGGUCUCGACUCUCUUGUCCUAGGAGAAGGUCAGAUACUCUCACAGGUUAAACAAGUCAGAGAAAAACUACGAAGUGGGUUUGGUAUGGUCAUCCCUGGGCUGUUUGAAAAGGCUAUUACCGCUGGGAAGCGUGCCAGAGCAGGGACGGGUAUCGCCUCUGGGGCUGUUUCCGUUAGCUCUGCUGCCGUCGAGCUUGCUCUCACCAAGCUUCCACCAGGAUAUGCAUCCUCCUCUGCUAUGAUGCUGGUUGUUGGCGCAGGAAAGAUGGGGAAGCUUGUGAUCAAGCACCUGGUUGCUAGAGGUUGCACUAGAAUGGUUGUUGUGAACCGGAGCCAAGAGAGAGUUGCAGCUAUUCAAGAGGAGAUGCCAUCUGGCGUUGAGAUCAUUUAUAAACCCCUUGAUGAGAUGCUAGCUUGUGCUGCAGAAGCCAGUGUAAUCUUUACCAGCACAGCAUCUGAGACACCAUUGUUCUUGAAGGAGCACGUCGAGUCUCUCCAUCUUACGGGUGCUCCGAGGCUCUUUGUUGAUAUCUCUGUUCCUAGAAACGUUGGAUCUUGUGUUGCUGAAUUAGACGGCGCGCGGGUUUACAACGUGGAUGACCUCAAAGAAGUUGUUGCUGCCAACAAAGAAGACAGGGCGAGGAAAGCAAUGGAAGCUCAGGAUAUAAUAAGAGAGGAAAGUAGAAAGUUUGAAGCGUGGAGGGACUCUUUGCAGACGGUUCCAACAAUCAAGAAACUAAGAAGAAAAAUAGAUAGAAUCAGAGCUGUUUCGGUUGAAAAGUUCAUGUCGAAAUAUGGGAAAGACAUGGACAAGAAGACGAAGGAAGCAGUAGAGGAUCUAACCCGAGGUAUGGUGAACAAGAUCCUGCACGGUCCAAUGAAACACUUGAGAUGCGAUGACACUGAGAACAGACGGCUGCAUGAGACGCUGGAGAACAUGGAGGCUCUCAACAGAAUGUUUGAACUCGAACUAGAGUUACUCGAGGAGAAGAUCAGAGCAAAGAUGGAACAGAAAUAGAGAGAGAGAGAGGCAUCCAUUUUUUUAAACAUGAGUAGAGAGUGAACAUGUCCUCAUUUUGAUGACAAGUAAGCCACAAUUGUUUUAUUUAUUACGUUUGUGUUUGGUAAUUUUUAACUCUUGCGUUCCGAAAGAAUGAUAAUCGGUGGUAUACAACACAGACUAGUAA